GAUGUCCCCGACGGCGCUCCGUCGUGGGGCGGAUGUGACGUACUGCGCGUCUGUCGUUGGCUUCCGGGUGAGGCGCUACCCGCUUCGUUCCCCCCCGGUCAGAUUCCUGCUGGAAACAAUGCAGCCCCUCGAGGUCAGGUCUGUGUUUGAGGCUGCCCAGGACCCCAACUUCCUGCAUGGACUCUCCCUCGUCAGUGGCUUUUCAGAGGACGUGCGGUCCACAGACUCUAAUGCCAUAAUGCAAGAGAAGCUAGUGGCAGCCAAUGGGGAGGAGAGAGCCCGAGGGGUCCCAGAGAUAUCGGACCGGAUCUGCUGCUCAGCCUGCUCCCGGGUGUUUGAAAGCAGGGAGGAGCAGACUGAGCAUUACCGCCUGGACGGCAACCGCUUUAACCUGAAGCAGCGUUCUGGGCGCCGGGCACUUGCAGCAGAGGAGUUUGAGGAGAAGACCCGUGCAGGUGAUGUCUCCAGCAUCUCUGGGUCAGAUUCUGACGACAUCCGAUUUGGGGCGAGACCGGACCUGCUCCCUCCCCGAGGCCACGCAGACUCAGGGAGCGGCCCGCAGAGCCACCACCCAGACACCCCCUCGGCUAAGGUUCUGUUCCGCAACUCCCAGGGCCAGCUGCUCUCCACCUACCGCUGUGUGCUGGGCAGUAAGAAGGGUGGUGGUGAGCAGCAGGCGGAGCUGGUGGCAUCUCUGCAGAGCCUGGGCGCAGGCAUGUGGGUUAUUCUGAUGACAGGCGGUGUACACUUUGCAGGAGCCGUCUUCAGGGGGCCUGAGGUGCUGGUCACAAGACCUUCCCAUCGGUACACGGUGCGUGCCCGCCGUGGCAUGGCACAGGGAAGUGCGCGAUGCCAGGGCCAGGCCUCCAUGCCCAAAUCGUCCGGCGCCUCGCUGCGGCGUUACAACGAGGCGGCUCUGCUUAAGGACACCCGGGACCUACUGGCUGGCUGGGCGCAGCAUCUGCAGGGAGCCCAGCGCAUCUUCCUGCGGGCCCCCCGUGCCAACCGGGGCACUGCUCUUCGGUGGCAGGAACCCCCUCUGCACAAGGACGAACCCCGCGUCUACAACAUCCCUUUAGCACCGCAGAGCCACCUUCAGGAGGUGCUGCGGGUGCACAUGGCCCUGGCCACCCUGCAGGUGUAUGUGAGAACUGGGGAAGGACCGGCGGUGGCGGAUCUCGCUGGCUCCCCCCGGAAAGGUUGGAGGAAAGUGCCGUGUGCGCCGGUGGAAGAGCCCCAGCAGGGUGAUGCCAGCACCCCGUCGGAGGAGGAGGAGAGCCAGGCUGAGCUGUAGAUGGUGGAGGUGACGCUGAGCACGCUGCAGCUCCAGGUUGAGGUGAUGCCUAAGCGAAGCCGCAAGAGGAGGAAGAAGAAAAACAAAGUGGGGAGAGGGGCCUGCGCUGAGGGACCACGAGGCCACGAAGAGCCCGAGGGCUCAGCACCGCAGCCAGGAGCAGGGACGGUGGGGGAGCCCCAGAACAGGCCUGGGGCAGAGCCUGCUCCCUGGGAGAACGAAGAAACGCUGCUGGGCCAGCUCCGUGACGCCCUGUUCACGGCCUGCAAGACUGGGGACGUGGGGACGCUGCGGUGCCUCCUGGGUGCGGCGGAGAGCGGAGCACCCCCCGCAGGCAGCGAGGAUGGUGCUGUGGGGCAGCCCCAAGGCCACCCUGGCAGGGUGCAGAGUGAGGGAUCAGAGCCCAUCUGUGCGGCCCCUGGGCUCCUCUCACUGCUCAGCGAGCCCAUCGACAGGACUGGCUUCACCCUGCUGCACGUGGCAGCUGCGGCAGGGAAGGGGGCAGCCGUACGACUGCUGCUGGAGGCUGGUGCCGACCCUGCACUCAGGGACUGGCAGGAGCGACCCCCGUAUUGCGUCUCUGCCGACAAGUCGACACGCAACGUCUUCCGCAGGUUCAUGGUGGAUCACCCAGCCAAGUACGACUACAGGCGGGCCAAGGUGGAGCUCGUCCUCCCAGGUGCCCGGCCCCUGACGGCGGAGAUGGAGGCCGGGCGGCUGGAGAAGCAGCGGGCGCAGAAAGCACAGCGGAAGCAGCGGGUGCAGGAGCAGGAGGAGAAGCGACGCUUUGCGGCCCUGCCAGACCAGGAGAAGAGGGCCCUCGCUGCCAAGCAGAGACUGGCUGCCCAGCUGCCGGACACGGGCACUGCUCUCACCAACACCAGGCGCUGCUGGCAGUGCGGCGAGUCCCUGCUGGGCCGGAUCCCCUUCCACUACCUCGACUUCUCCUUCUGCUCCACGGGCUGCCUGCAGGCUCAUCGCCGGGGCCGCGCCGGCCCCACCUAGCGCCCACGCCGCCUGGAAACGGACAGUCGCCUGCUGGGUGCUGGGGGGAGGCGCUGGGAGCUCCCAGGGGGCUGAGCCCGAGUGUAAAUCCCUGUCACAGCUCAAGGCCUCCUUCCCAGCACGGGGGGCAGCCCCCUGCACACGCCCCUGCCUCAAGGGGAAGGGGAUCAUGGCACAGGAUGGGCUGGGUGGGGGGCGAGCACCGACCCCUGGGCAGGAGCAUCACCGUAACACAGGGGUCAGGGUCCUGUUUUGGGGCAGGGGGAGCAGGCUGCAGCUGGGGGCAGCGUGGCUGGUGGAUUGAGGGAGGAGGGACUAGAGGGCACAACGCUGGUGCUGUGCGAUCCACCUGAGUGUGCCCCACAAGCCGGGCUGUGGGUGGUUAAUGACGGGCAGCUUGGCUCAGGGCAGCAGCCCCUUGCCUUGGGCGGGAGCUCCCUGCAGCACCCUGGGCCCUGCCCGGCACCGGACGGGUGCCCGGUUUUUCCCCAGGGUGCAGUACCUUGACCCCAGUACCCUGAGCAAGCCCCCAAUGGCCCUUGAGUGCCCCCUGGGGCUCUG